CUUCUGCCUCUUUCUCUGCCUCCGGUGGCGACCGAGUUAUGAUUAAGCGCAAGUGGAAAGCUUCUUUGCAUUUUCGCUGUUGAUUUUGCUGUGGCUGCUGCUUAGCGUUGUUGAUCGAAAGGUAAGCGGCUCUCUCGCAUCUUGGUAGGGGAUAUGGAAAUCUGCAGCAAUCAACGUGGUGGUAGUAGCAUCACGUGGUUCUUCAGAGAUAGAGGGUUUGAUGAUAAAAGUAUCCAUGAAAUGUUCAAAAAGUGCAAGCGCCUUGAGGGUGUGGAAAGGGAGAGAGCAUCCGAGAAUUGGGAUUACCUCAAAAGCAUUGGCAUUCAGGAGAGAAAGCUCCCUUCAAUUGUUUCAAAGUGCCCCAAGAUCCUUGCACUGGGUCUCCAUGAGAAGCUUGUUCCCAUGGUUGAGUGCCUCUCCACGCUUGGUACAAAACCCCAAGAAGUUGCUUCCGCCAUUGCCAAAUUUCCUCCCAUACUCUCCCAUAGUGUGGAAGAGAAGCUCUGUCCACUUCUGGCAUUCUUUCAGGCACUUGGUGUCCCUGAAAAGCAACUUGGCAGAAUGAUAUUGCUCAACCCGAGGCUCAUCAGCUACAGCAUUGAAUUGAAGCUGACACAGAUAGUGGACUUUCUUGCCGCUAUUGGCCUGGCCAGAGAUGGGAUGAUUGCCAAAGUUCUGGCAAAAAACCCAUUUAUUAUGGGUUAUAGCGUCGAUAAAAGGCUACGCCCCACUUCAGAUUUUUUGAAAUCAGUAGGUCUUACAGAGCAGGAUCUUCAAACAGUGGCAAUGAACUUCCCUGAAGUUCUCUGCAGAGAUGUGAACAAGGUGCUGAGACCCAAUUUCGCUUAUCUAAAAAGAUGUGGGUUUGGAGAUGGACAGAUAGCAUCUUUGAUAACUGGUUUUCCCCCUGUUCUGAUAAAGAGCAUCCAAAAUUCUUUAGAACCUCGGAUCAGGUUUCUGGUGGAGGUAAUGGGAAGACGGAUUGAUGAAGUCACUGAUUAUCCUGACUUCUUUCGGCAUGGCUUGAAGAAAAGAUUGGAGUUGCGGCACAAACUUUUGAAAAAGAAGAAUAUUGCUUGUAGCUUGAGUGAAAUGCUGGACUGUAAUCAAAAGAAGUUCUUAAUGAAGUUUGGUUUCUUUGAAGGGCAUGCCUAAGAAAAAUGACUACCAACUCCAGGAGCUUAAUUAAAGACAUGAACUCGGGGAUGAGCUGAAGCCUUCUGCAG